AUGGUUGAUACAAAACGUACGACGAGCAACACCACAACGACGAGCCCGUCUCAUGGUUUCGUGGUGGAGCACGAAAUCGUGGCUGCCAACACCUUGCAGCCACCUCCUAAGGCUGUGCAGCUGCCUCCAGCUGCUGGAGUUGCAGAACAGCCGCUGCAGACAACUGCUGAAGUUGCAAAACAGCCGCUGCAAACAACCACUGGAGUUGCAGACAACUGCUGGAGUUGCAGAACAAUCGCUACAGACAACUGCUAG